GACAUAAAUACCCCUAACAAAUCAUCUAAUUCCCUUUAACUACCUUAUAUUAGUCCAAAAAAAUAACUAAACCUCCAGCAUUUUCAAGAAAAAAUUCCAAGAAUCGUAUAGAUUCUGACACCCUUUUGCCGCUCUUACUUUUUCAACUCUUUGAUUCAAUUCAUGUACAGUCUCCAUACAUAGAGAUGAAGAAGUUUUUCUUUUUUCGAUCAUCAACUAAUGAUGCAAACAAGACCCCGUCACCACCAUCAAAGUCGAAGGAAGUUUCUUCUCCAAGUCUUAGAAGGAGUGUUUCAUUGUCAUCUGGAUCCUUCUACGACAGCGGGUCAGGAAAAAAGAAUUUCAGGGAUCUGAGCAAAUCUCCCUGUCACAGUAAGAAAGUUCAGCCUAAGAAAUCUGGUCGUGAUUCAAGCCGUGGUCGUACACGUACUCCUGAAAGGCAACCCCCAGAGAAUUUCUUCCAGACGUGUGAUACAGAAGAUGGUUAUUUCAUAGGGAAGCACUGUUAUGGUGCAUCUUUCAGAUCACACCACUAUGAUCCAUCGGAGAGCCCCUCUCGUAGCUCCAGUAAUGUCUCAAGCAAAGUUUUGGAUCGCUAUAUAGAUGGGGAGCAAGAGCAAGAAAAGAGCACCUCAGCGAAUCACUAUCCUACGGAAGAUCAUAGUGAGAUUGGUUAUGCUGGCAGACAACUGCCUCCAAGAGUUCUCCAUACUGGUCCUGGUUCGCCACUACCUGAUGUCAGGAAGCAGAGACCAAUAUCUCAAUCUUUCAGAGAGACAAAACCGUCUAAACUUGGUUUUACGUCUGGAGAGUUGGGCGAGAUGGGUUUUGAACAUGAAUCUCCACGAAAACUUGCAAAGAAGGUGGUUGAGAGGCUCUCUCAGUCUCGGUCAAUGGCAAAAGUAAGUUCAGAAGAUUUUGGUUCUGAUGGUCCAAUUACUAUUGAAGAUAUCUACAGUGGAAAUUUAAGUAGAUGUCCGAGUGUAUGUUCUGACGGUGUUCCCCGGAAGAGCUGUUCAGCAGAUGAUUCUAAUGGUAAGACCUAUGAAUAUCACCAUGGAGAGAUUCCUGGCUUUGGUGAGAAAAACUAUUUGGGAGUGGAAGAUGAUUCAGAUUUGGUACUAUUGAGAAAACUUAAGGAAGCCGAGGAGCGUGCUGUGUUGCUCUCGGAAGAGCUUGAAGAGGGAAAGUUUCUUCAUGGCAGAGGCCUUAGUGUUCCAGUGUUGAUUCAGACUAUUAGAAGCUUGACAGAGGAGAAGGUACAAAUGGCUUUUGAAGUUUCAAGCGUGCUACGGAAUCAAGUUGCUGAAAGGGCUUCUGCUAAGGAAGAAACCGGAAUAUUACAGGCAGAACUAGAUUCACGGACACGAAGAUUGGAGACAGAAAAGAAUGAGUUACAAUCAGCGCUGGAAAAGGAGUUGGAUAGAAGAUCCAGCGAGUGGUCUCUAAAACUUGAGAAGUACCAAAUUGAAGAACAUAGACUCCGUGAAAGGGUGAGGGAGCUUGCAGAGCAGAAUGUCUCUCUACAACGGGAAGUGUCUACAUUUAAUGAGAAGGAAGUAGACAAUAGAAGCAAAAUAUCAUCAACAGAGAAACAAGUCGAAGAUUUGUCUAAAAGAACAGAGGAAGUGUCAGAAGAGAAUCAAAAUCUAAGGCAGCAGCUUUCUCAGUUACAAGAGGAAUAUCGAGUAGCUCAAGAUGAUCGAGAUUAUGUCCGGGAAAACUACCAGGAAAAGGUUAAAGAAUGCGAGGACCAGCACAGAUCUAUUGCUAGAUUGCAAAGGACUUGCAAUGAACAAGAGAAGACAAUUGAUGGUCUGCGAGGAUUUUGUGAGGAUGUUGGCAAGAAGUGUCCAGCAAACUACGACAACCAGCUGGAGAAGUUGCAAGUAGAGCAAAUAAGACUGGUAGGUGUGGAGUGUGCUCUAAGGAAGGAGGUGGAGUCUUCCAGGAUCCAAAUUGAUUCUCUACGUCAUGAAAAUAUUAGCUUGCUGAAUCGUUUAAGAGGCAGUGGAAAGGAGGGUGGGUUUUCAACGUUUAAGCUAGAUCAGGAAUUAUGCAGUCGUGUUUGCUGCUUGCAAAAUCAGGCGCUCAAUUUGCUUCGAGAGAACAGCCAGCUCUGUGGAAAGCUAUUAGAGUACACGAAAGAAAAUGUCAGACAAAAUGGGGGCAUUGAUGGUCAAUUCCUAAUUGAAUGCAAUGUAAAGAUCCAGGGUCUUAAGAGGGGAAUUGAAACCCUGACAAGCAGUUUGCAGACAGUGUCAUCCGCGAUAAACGAGAAGUCCUACCUAGUGAGUUCGGAUUCUAGCAGGGGUGAUGCACAUCACCAGCAAAAUAGUCAGAAACCAGAUGAAAUUAAACAAUCAGAGCUUAAAUCGGAGACUUUGCUGACAACUGUGUUAAGGGAGAAGCUCUAUUCCAAGGAGAUGGACAUAGAGCAACUUCAGGCUGAUCUAUCUGCAGAAGUUAGAGUUAACGACAUUCUCAAAUGUGAAGUGCAAAAUGCGUUGGACACUCUUUCUUGUGCCAAACACAAGUUGAAAGAUCUCGAGCUUCAGCUGCUAAAAAAGGAUGAAAAUAUCAACCAGCUGACAAAUGAUUUGCAAGAAUGCAUGAAGGAACUUGGCGUCGUGAAGGGGAUACUACCAAAAGUGUCUCAGGAGAGAGAUUACAUGUGGGAGGAAGUUAAGAGCUAUAGUGAGAAGAACAUGCUGUUGAAUUCUGAGAUAAACAUGUUGAAAAAGAAGGUAGAUACCCUCGACGAAGACAUUCUUAUGAAAGAGGGUCAAAUCACAAUCUUGAAAGACUCGAUAGGCGGCAAACCUUUCGACCUUCUUGCAAGUCCUGAUUCUGCUGGAGAAUUUCUGUUGGAGUGAAGUGAUGAUAAAUGGCCAAACUACUACAACAUAUUUUGUUCAUUGACUAGUGUUCAUAUGUCUCGUAUACUUGCUGGCUUUACUCUUAUAUAUACUUCCCCCCUUUUGAUACUUGUUAAAUAGAAAGUUUGCUUCUUUCUUUUGCAUCCCUUUUUGAAUCUCCAAUUGUAAACAUUUCUUUUGCUUGUGGUGAUCAAGACAAUGGACUGACUUCUUUUGCUUCA